ACUAAAACUUUGAGUUUCUUGUAUUUGUUUAGUAAACCAUUGUCAGUAAUUAAUGAUGAUGAAGUCAACAAUAAAGAAAACAUUGACAAUGAAGAAAUAGAAAUUGAACAGGUGGGACCGUUCUGGGAACACAAAAAUUAA